ACGUAGAAGAAGAAGAUAAACAUGGCGUCCGUCAGCAGUGAUGAGUGGAGAGCUAUAUGUGACAAAUUCACCAACGCCCAGAAUUUAACCGUUGUAGAAUCAUGCAAUGACCCAGACAAUGACCCGUUCCGCUCCAAAUACAAGGCCAGGGAGCUCCUCAGAGAGAUAUACUGCUCGCUGAAGAGUUUUGAGGCCGGCGAUGGUGAGGAGGAGGAGGAGAGUGGCGGAGAGAGCGGCGUCCAGCGGCCGGUGGAGCCGCCGGUAGACGGGCAGACGGAGGAGGCGUUCAGUCAGGGCUUCUGCGGAGACUCGCCAGCCGGGCUGCGGGCCGCAAAACUCGGGGCGGUGGAGUACUAUCUGGGCGUCAACCAUGUCGACACAGAGGAGCUGUCCGCCGGGCAGGAGCAUCUGAUGAACUGCAUGAAGCUGCUGGAGAGAUGCAGGGUGUCGUCGGAGAAUGUGUCACUGUUUAUCCAUGUCAGGAACCAGUUGGGCAUUCUCUGGGCAGGCCGGGAUGAGACGGAGACAGCGCAGGGAUUUCUUGAAACAGCAGAAUCCAUCUACCAACGGUACAUGAAGGAGGAUGGUAGUCCACCCUUUGACAUGACAGAUUACUUUAGUACUGAAGAGAACCUGUUGACGCAUCAGGAAAGGACCAAGAGGUUUGAGUUGGCCUACACCCAUUCCAUGUACUACCUUGCUCAAGUCUAUAAAAACCUCGGUGAAACUGAACGUGCUGCUACCUACUGCCACAGCACCCUGCAGAGACAGUUAAAAUUAAAUCAGUUCAGUCCUAUGGAGUGGGCUCUGAACGCUGCCACACUAUCGCAGUAUUACAUCACUAAGGGCCGAUACAUGGAAGGCAGACAUUGUCUCUCAGCAGCUACUGUCAUAUCUGGGUUGGCAGGAGAUGUUCCUUCUGAGGCCGCAGCACAGGAGAGUGAGACAGAGAGCGAGCGCAGGGAGCAACUCAGGCAGAAGAGAGCAGAGAUUGCGAGAUGUUGGAUAAAAUACUGCCUCAACCUCCUGCAGGAUUCUAAGAAGCUGCUAGAGGACAGCAUUGGGGAGCUGGAUACAGAUCGUCAAGAAGAGAUGAAGAGAGCGAGGAGACUGGAGGAGGAAGAGGAGGAAAAGGAAAGGAAGAGCGCUUUGCUGUUUGGUUCUGAAGACACCUUUGACUCCAUUGCUAGCCUGGAAGAGAAGGUGGGCUGUUUGUUGCCAUUGGACUUCAAUGAGGCCAGAGCCAUAUUUCUGGUGGGACAAAACUAUGUUACACAGGCUAAAGAGUAUUUUCAGAUGGAUGGCUAUGUGACGGACCACAUAGAGAUCCUGCAGGAUCACAGCUCUCUGUUCCGAUCCCUGGCUUUUUAUGAAGAGGAUCUGGAGCGGCGCUGCAAGAUGCACAAACGAAGAGUUGAUAUGAUGGAGCCAGUCUGUAACGAAUUGAACUCCAAGUACUACCUAAUGAUCCGCAGACAGAUGAUGUUUGAGUUAGCUGAGACUUUCAAUGAAAUGAUGGACCUGAAACUGACACUGGCCAACAGACAAGAUGAUUCAGAGUCUCUCGACAGCCACACCAUUAAAAAAUUUAACAAUCUCUGCUCCGCUUCUGCCAAAUACUUCCAGAUGUUCCUAGACUCUCUGUGUUCUCCGGAGGGGAAGCAGCCGGAGCAUCUGGAAGAGGAAGUGCUCAGACCGGCUCUGGUGGCUCGCUUCAGAGUGGCCCGACUCUACAGCCGGCUGAUCUGCACCGCACCCUCUGGUCAGGUGGAAAAUCUUGACAAGUCUCUGGAACACUACAAAUACGUGGUGCAGUACUGUGAUACCCACCCAGAGGCAGUGGCCACUGUGGAGACGGAGCUGGAGCUGAGUCGGGAGAUGGUCGGCCUGCUCCCUCUCAAAAUCAACCGCCUCAAAGCAAAGAUGACCGCCAACAACUGAAUUAUGCGACCUCUCUUUAUUGAAUGACUAGUUUAAUGACUUAAAAGUAUAACAUGUCCCCAAAAAUGAGUCAGUCGAUCUAAUUGUACCAUCUUUUACAGUCAGUGGACAUUCCCUAAAAUUUGAGAAACUGGAUCUGCUUAUUUCAUCAGAUUUCCGUUGGGCAGUGUGCAUGCUGCUUUCACAAGACCUUUGAACCCAUCACACAUUGUACAAACGUGCUCCCUCUGUGAAGUAAAAUGUGUUGUUAAAUUUCUUUUAAUUGAAAUACAACAGUUACUCUCUUUAAAAUGAACAUGAAAAUGUCUUUCUCACAGUACUAAGAAACAAUUGAGAUCGGUUGAUAAUAAGCUUUUCAACAAUUUGAAAUUCGUGUGAACAGUUUUUCUAACCUUUGUUCUAAACCACAGUGUAAAGAAAUACUUGUUGGUAUACCGCUAAAAUAUCACAAGCUCCCUUUUAAUUUUUUUUUAAUGAUUGGACUAAGAUCCUUAAAGGUCAUAUAUGUAAAUAACAUAUUAUUAUUUUGUUUUGUUUCAUUUUAUGAAGCACUUUAGCACACUCAACUUUUGUUUCUUAAUGUCUCUGAUGUUAAAACAAAUGUUAAAGCCUACUGUUGCCAGGGUUAGUGUAACCAUGAUAAUAACAGUAGGCAGCCAUAGGAGAGUUGACUACUGACCAGUUGUUGUUGCGCCUUAAAACGGAGAUGCUUGUUUUGAAAACUGGAAAACGGUCUGAACUGUCAGAAACAACCCUUUUUAGGGACAGAUAUAAAGUGGACUUAUUAAUGUUGGUUUAUGAGGUAUUAUAAUCUGCAUGAUGCCAGCUUUGACCAGGUGAACUCUUAUAUAUACUCUUGUAUAUUUUUGUCCUGCGUGUUAUGAAUCACAACUUCAUCUUGUUUGUUGUACAGCAGAUAAUGUAUGUCAUGGUGAUAAAAUAAUAAAGUACUACACACCCAUGUCGAAAUACCA